AUGGCUCACCGUGGAGAAACCUUUCAUAAAGAUGUAUGCUGCAUUGCUGAUCUGAAGAGGCUGGGGAGUGCUCGGCUGGCCCCGAUGGUUAGAGACUAUUAUAAUGAAGGAGCUAUGGAUUUGAUCACUCUGAACGAGAACGAAACCGCCUAUGAUCGAUACAAAAUCCGUCCCCGAAUUCUAAAGAACGUCGACAAGAUCGACACAAGUACAGAAAUUUUGGAUACCAAGGUCGCCCUCCCAUUCGGUUUUAGUCCCGCCGCAUCAAUGAAACUGGCCCACCCAGAUGGCGAACUGGCAACCUCGCGCGCAGCCGCGAAAUACGGUCUUGCAAUGGGCCUAUCAUCAUAUUCAAACUAUCCACUAGAAGAUGUUGCUGCGCAGGGAACGGGGAAUCCGUAUGCGAUGCAGAUGUGUGUGCUUCGGGAUCGGGCACUUACAAUUCAGCUUUUGGAGCGAGCUGAGAAGGCCGGAUACAAGGCACUCUUCUUAUCGGUUGAUGUGCCCGUGCUAGGAAAACGGUUGAAUGAAUACCGCCAUGAGUAUCGCAUUCCGGAGGAUAUGUCUUGGCCAAACAUUCUGAGUCAUGGAGGCGAUACCUCUGAUCGCACUGAUUAUGGUAUGUUUGAUGCGACGGAUGAAGAGGUUCUGGACUGGGAGAGCACAAUUCCUUGGUUGAGAGAGCAUACCUCUCUGAAGAUCUGGCUCAAGGGUGUAACCUCCCCCGAGGACGUGGAGCUUGCGAUCAAAUAUGGUGUCAACGGCGUUGUCGUCUCAAACCACGGAGGCCGUCAAUUAGAUGGCAUGCCUUCGACAUUGGAUGCCCUCCGCUCCUGCGCACCCGUAGCCAAAGGCCGGAUUUCCAUUGCAGUUGACGGUGGAAUUCGCCGAGGCUCAGAUAUCUUCAAAGCUCUAGCUCUUGGAGCAGACUUCUGUUUUAUGGGAAGAAUUCCCUUCUGGGGCUUGGCCUACAACGGGCAAGAAGGAGUGGAACUAGCGAUCAGAAUAUUGCGCCAAGAGUUGCGUAUUACCAUGGCACUAGCUGGGUGCCGAACGAUCGCGGAAAUCCAGAAAAGCUAUCUUUCGGUUUUACAGCCUGACGGGAUCCUCUCGAAGCUCUAG